UCAUUUUAAUGUGGAUAUUAUACUUUAUGAGAAAUUGCAACACCUGUAAAUUUGCAAUAAUUGCAGUCGAGGAAAGACAACAUGGCGCCCUGUGUUUGACAGUUCGAUGAAGUAACCAAAUGGAAAAUAGGUCGAUAGUUAAGACUUAGACGUUGGUCGAUCAGCUGGUAAGGACAUUACAUAACGAGGAUUAAAUGUUUGUGUUUUAAAAACAAUAGAAUGUCUUUAGGUCAUUUCUCUAGCAGUAGGAUAGUGUGAUUGUUGUUAUCGUCUAACCUGGCCUGGACACAUGUAGAGUGAAAGUUAAAUCAAAAUGUUGGUUUUAAUUGUCCUACCAAUCUUAAAUUGCAAUGAUUUAUAAAGCAUUUUUGCAGUUAUGCCUUCCGACGGUUGCCGUAGCAACAUCUAGACUUUAAUGAUGAUCAUGGGGGGGAAUCCCUACCUACAACUGUGAAAUUUUGUCAGAAGUAACAUGUCAAUGAAUAUAGAAGUUGGAGGUUUUACCUUCAUUUCUGAUUUUGAUUCUGGUAACUUGGGCCGUGUAGAAUUAGUGGCCAAAAAAACUCAUGAAAAUACUACAGAGGCAGACAAGCCUUCCCCUGAUGAUGAUGUUCCUGAUUUUGAGUUCAAUUUGUGGACUGCACCAGAUUGUGCUGGAACCGAAUAUGAAAACGGCAAUCGAACUUGGUUUUAUUUUGGAAUUAGAGGUGGGACACCUUGUGCUAACAUGCAAUUGAAUAUUGUGGAUCUGAACAAGCAGACGAAGAUGUAUAGUCAAGGAAUGGCUCCUGUGUGUCGUAUAGUUCCUGGUAAACAUCACUGGGAAAGGAUAAAAGAAAAACCACAGUUUCGUGUGAGUUGGAAGGUUGUGGAUAAUGUAUUCAUCUUGACUUUCAAGUAUCGUACCCCUGAGAAUCCAAGAGCUACUGUGUAUUUUGCUUUCACGUAUCCCUACCCUUAUUUUGAAUUACAGAAUAUGCUGCACACUAUUGAUAAUCGAUUUAAAGUUAACCAAGAUGAAUCUCGGAAACGAAGUGUUGAUUUAGACGAUAUAUAUUAUCAUCGAGAGUGUGUUUGUUAUUCUUUGGAGGGUAGGCGAAUAGAUCUUAUUACCAUUUCUUCUCAUCAUUUUAUAACAGAAGAUCAAGAACCACGUUUGAAAUUUUUAUUUCCUGAGGCUGAUCAUCCAAGACCUUUUCGUUUCACUCAAAAGAAGAUUGUGUUUGUUAGUGCUCGUGUACAUCCUGGAGAAACACCUUCCAGUUUUGUAAUGAAUGGGUUGUUGAAAUUUCUUCUCCAAAGAGAUGAUCCUGUUGCAGUUUUACUGAGGAAAAAUUAUGUUUUCAAAUUAGUUCCAAUGUUAAAUCCUGAUGGAGUAUGUAAUGGUCAUUAUCGUACAGAUACACGUGGGGUGAAUCUUAAUCGUGUAUACUCAAGUCCAUCAUUUGUGUUACAUCCUGCAAUUUAUGCUGCUCGUUCUUUAAUACUAUAUUAUCAUCAUGGACAAGAAAUAGAAGAAGUUGUGACAGGACCUGUGUUUGACCCUGCAAGCAGAAAGUUUAAAUCACGAUCAACUCCUCUUGUCACAGAAUCAGACUCUGCUGAAUUUUCUGAUGUUCUUUCUCCUAGUUCAGAUUUGCUAAGUUUAAGUAAUGUUAAGUGUUUAGAUUCUAUAAAUGAAAAUGACCUAGAAUCUUCUUCAAGUUUAGAAAAUCAGCUGUGUAUAGACUCUGUAAAUCAAAAACAGAUUAUUUCAAGCAUUGAAAAUCACAUGUCAUGUCUGUCUUCAAUUCAAGAAGAUUCCCAGAAUGCCUCAAACAUAGAAAAUCAAGUGUCAUGCCUUACGUUAGAUGAAAAAAGUGCCAUUCACUCAAAGGAUUAUUCUAACACAUCCAAUGUUUUGUCUGGUAUCUCUAAUCAAGUUGAUGUUUUGUCUGUUAUUUGUGAAGCGGUGAUUAGAAAGGUAUUUGAUAUGAAUGAAGUAGACAAAAAAGCCUCUACGUCAGUUGGAGAAAACUUUCAAAAUGAGCUGCUUGUGGGUACUACACAGGAACAAAAUGCAGGUCAAAACAAAGCUUCUGAAUAUUCACAGACUGAGGCCGAAGAGGCCUUAAUUGCACAAAGAAGUGAAACCAGCUUAAGUGUAGGGAGUGUGGAAAGUUCUGUUUGCAGUGGAAGCUAUGGCAAAAGCAAUUUUAUCAAUGAAGAUGUUUUCAAAGAGCAGUUGAAAUGUGGAGAACAAGGAAAGAAAAAUAUUUAUACUCCUCCAGAAAAUUCUGGUUUAUUUCUUUAUCUAGACUUACAUGGUCAUGCCUCAAAGAAAGGUAUCUUCAUGUAUGGAAACCAUUUUGAUAAUAUUGGAGAUAGUGUGGAAUGUAUGUUACUACCAAAAAUUAUGUCCCUGAACAGCCCGAAUUUUCAUUUCUCAGCAUGUAACUUCACUGAACGAAAUAUGUACCUCAGAGAUAGAAAAGAUGGUAGCAGUCGAGAAGGAUGUGGGCGAGUUUCAGUAUUGAAGGCAACUGGACUAGUGCGGAGCUAUACUCUAGAAUGCAACUAUAACACUGGUCGCUUAGUUAAUAUUGUGCCUCCGUGCGUUCGGGAUUUGCAUAAACCCAAUCAAACACUCUUAGUUCCUCCAAAAUAUACACCCCACGUCUUUGAAGAGAUAGGACAAGCCCUUUGUGCAUCAGUGCUGGAUUUGACUGGUACUCAUCCUUGGAGUCGAGUACCAAAUUCUGAAUUCCGCACUCUCAAUGGCAUACGUGACUGGUUAAAGGCCAAUUGUGUACCUGAGCAGAUGUACAUACAUAAGUCUCUGCAACACAAUAAUCGACAUUCAAAUUCACGUCGUCAGUUGAUGCCUCUUUUUGAUUAUUGUAAAGUGACAUAUCCUGAGAAUGAGGAAACAGAUAAUAAAGAAAAUAUUUACAAAGGAGUGGAGAAAUUGAUAGGAUGGGAGGAAAUGAAUGUGUGCAAUGAUUUAAAACUAGAGGGAACUAAUGAGGACAAAGAUCUGGCAAAGAGCACAACAGCAAGGGGAAAGUCCGAGAUGUCAAUUGGGGGACAGAAGGCACAGUUAUUGAGAAAGCGAAGUGUGUAUAAGCCACCGAAAAAGAAGUUUGUUGUGUGUCUGUCUGGAGCUUCUGUGCGGAUGUCACGGCCUGCUCGUGCGUCAGGAAGUGGUUGUAAGCCCAGCAGGCAUGAAACGAAGCGCCGCCUUGCUCCUCUUGCUUCUAAAGCUGCUAAGGCUGCUGGUUGUAGUAACAACUGUAAUCUUGACAGUACCACCAAAUCUGAAGAUGAAGGUUCAAGCAGUGGGAUAGAUUUUGAUAGAAAAGAGAAUGUUACAAGUUUUCAAAUUAUAUCUCCACCUCAAACUCCCAAGCACAUGAAGUUAAAUAAAAGUAAUAAUCCAAAAGAAAAUGUCAGUCCAAGUUCAUCACAGAAAAUUUCAAAUUCUUCAAAGAAAUUGAAAGCUGUUACUGGAGUAGGAGUGCUGAAACAGGUUUUAGCGGUAAGAACAAAAUGCACAUCAGUAAAUGCUCUUUCUGGAAGUUCCAAAGUGAGGAGCACUACUGGUUUGAAAAUAAAUAAGACAUCUUUUGGUGGGAAUAAUCAUCAGAAGAAUCGUAGGGUUCCAUUCAAUCAUUGUGUAAAGUGUGUGACUUCUGAUACUCAAAUUAGUAGUGAUCAUACUAAUAGUGAGGGUUUCAAAUCGACAGGGACACAAGCUGUUAUUGACCAAUCUGGUGACACCAAUACUGCUACCACUGUAACUGAAAGGAACAUUUCUAGUGAAAAAGCUAAAUAUGUUAAGGAUGAAUCAAAAGAAAUUAUUAAACAUGGUCCAAAACGAUUAAAAGUUUCUUCCAGUAAGACAGAUCAACAGGCAAAUAUUGCACAGAAAAUUGGACCAAAUAAAUUAUCUUUGAAAGAAAUUUGUUAUUUAAACUUACGCAAGCAGAAGAAAAAGUUUUCCAAAUUAGCAAUGUUGAAUGAAUCUGUUGCAGAAAAUACUGUUGCUUCCUCCUCUAGUGAAAAAUCUCCUUGGGAGGCUGAGCAUAACCCAAAAGUGGUGCCUUUGAGAGCUACCAGACAAAAUUCAAAGAGUAAAUUAGUACAUAAAACCUUAAAUCCCAAUUCAAUAUCAGGUGCUAAACCAGGAAAAAUUAAUAAUCCUGGACCAAGCUCAAAUAUUAAAGUUAAGGCUAGUUGCAAAUCAGAAAAAUUCUUAAAAAAUAAAGUACCGCAUUUGUCACCAAUCAAAACUCAUAAAAUAUCUCCUUCAUUGGGUAGGAAAGUUUGUUCAGAUACAGGAAAGAAAUGGGGUAAAGCUUCUUUGAAAACUCUAGCCACAAGUUUUGGUAAACUGAGAGCCUUUACAGAAGACAGUUUUGUUAUUAUAGAGAAGAAGCGAAAAAAAUCUAAAGUAAAACAUUAAAUUGUAACCAGUGUUUGGUAAAGAGUAAAUGAGCAGAUUGCUGUGAUAUUUACAUUUUUCUUUUAAAAUUUUUGUCCAUGUGAUGCAUGUUUCUAAGGUUUUGUUAAUAUGUCAAAAAAAUUAUAAGUAUAAAUAUGUGCAUUAUAUUUCAAAAGAGUUUAUAUUUCUUUUGCUCUAAAUGCUCUUGAAAUGUUUAAGUGUAAUAUUUAAUUUUGUAUGUUUUUAUUUUUUUCUUAUGUCAUGAAAGAGAAAUGUGAUAACAGUUAUGUAACACAAUUGGUGACUGAAUGUAAAACUGUCCAGUUUUGUUUUGUACAGACUAGCUGAGAAAAAUUAUGAAAAGUUAUCUUCUUAUAAAAAUAUUUGUCUUCCUUUGGACAAUUGCAUAUUGUACAUAUACUUUUGUAAAAUGAGUUUAUAGAUAAAUGUUGAAGAAUUUUGGUUGGUUGGUUAAGUUAUAUUUAUACUUCAAUUUUGUUAUGUUUUUUCAAACUAUUCCUGUUUCUGUUUAAAUGUGUUAAUACUAUUGAUGUUUAAGUAUUUUGUAUCAUGACUACAGGUGUAAUGUAUAUAAGGAAACUUUGCAGACAAAUUUUUAAUGACUUUGUUUUUUUCUUCUGUGCAUUAUAUAUUCUGACAUUCUGUCAUGUAGUGCUUUUAUUAAUACUAGUUUGCAAAAAGUGAAACUCAUAUUGUAGUUACCAUUCUUUGUAAAUGGGAUGUUUGGUGAGAAAAAUCAGAUUGUUCAGCUCAUACAUGUAGCAAUUUUCAUUGAUACUAUGAGUUAGAAAUAUUUGUUGCUUAUGUGGGAAUGACACUGCCUAGCAGUGGAUAUUUCAUUCUCAUAAUUACAUAAAUAUCAUAUAUUAUUUAGAAUUUAAUCUGUGAAAGUUUGGAUUUUUGAAGAGUUGCUUUCUAUCAGUGUUCUUUGGCAAUAUUUUCUUUGAAAUUAAAAUGAGAAUUAUUAGUAAUGCAUUGUGUAUUGAUAAAAAUAUACACAAAAUAAAUGCAAAUAAGAUUUUAAGUUAGGUACAUCAAUGAUGAUCAAAACUUUUGUUGUGGGAAAGAGUUUGAAUUGUAAUUCCAAAUUGAUAUUCUUUUCUUUUUUUUUUCUUUUGACACUUGGGUUUUGUUAAUCUCAAUAUUAAAAAGAUUGCAAAUUUCUUUUCAGCUCUUAAUCCCUUAAUAAGUCCCUUUGAAUAUAUUUAUACAUUUCUGUUAAGAAGAUCAUAUUUGAAUUUCAAAACAGAUAUUUUGAAAUUAGUUUCCUUAUUGCAGAAUUGUUGUAUUAAAAUAAUUAGUUUUGAAAGUAAAAGUUCAACACUGCAAAUGCUUUGAGUAAUCAAAGUUCUGUUGUGAAACUAUAAUUAUGUUUGAUUUUGUCAACAUACGUUUACAAUCUAAUUUGGCCUUUUUUCUUUCCUAUACUGUGUAACUGACUGUUUAAAAUUUUAAAAUAUUGCUAUUUUUCUUAGACCUAAAAAGAAUCGUUAUAAAAUCUUUAAAUGGUUGACAAAAUUCAGUGGGAAGCUUGAGCAAUGUUGAGAAAAAUUUGCAGUAUUACUGACAGUCAGGACUUCAUGAAGAUGUUUUUGUUAAUGAAAUAAAGUGAUUUUAUUGAAUUGUUUCUUUUAUAAAGUAUUUCUCUUGUUUUUAUAAAAUAUAACCCCAAACUGAUGACCAUUGUAAUUUUCAAAAAUAUCCUUUAAACCCUAUUUUGCUUUUGAUGCAAAUUUAAUUAUCCUUAAAACUUUAUCUUUUCAAUGCUGAAGAACGUUUCAACAUAUCAUCAUGAUCAUUUUGUUGCAGAGGAAAGACUCUUCGAAAAGCCCUCAACUCUUUUACAGACUCUAUCAUGGUUCUCGUUCGUCUGUUCAGAUAGAAGAAAUAUAUGUGUGAAUGCAAAUAUAUCUCGGUCAAUGUUUUAUUUGUACAUAAGUGUACUGUUACUGUAAGUAUGAUGUUUUUGAAUUGUUAUGUGUAAAGAGUGCAAUCACUGCCAGUUAGUGUUAGGAUUGUUAAGUAGUAAAUCAUCCAAUGUUGUGUGAGCUUUCCCUUGUGAAGUCGGUGAUAAAUAAGAGUGUUUUUUUGUACUUUUUUUGGAAACAGCACUUAUUCUUAUUAUGAAAUGCUUUCUUGGAAUAUUUGUAGGGUCAAUAUCAUGAUGCGAAAUUACUACCUUCAAUUCACUACAUGACAGUUACUUGUUAAAAAUGAAGUUACUCUUCUAAUUUUGUGGCAAUUAGUAUACUAAAUAGAUAAAAAGAAAAUAGAUUGCAGAUUUAUGAAUGAAAUAUCCAGAAAGAAAGUAACAGAAGCUAGGGGAAUAUUGUUUUGAUAAAUCCAUUUUUAAGAUAAAAAAACGAGAUACUAUUCAUGUAAACAGGAGUUUAAAUUAACAGAUAUUGGUGGUUGCAAUAUUUCUUAGGAAGAUGUGGAAUAAUUAUUAUUUUUUAUAGUUAUACCAAAAAAACAAACUUUUCUGUCAAAAAGCAUUCAAGCAAAUAAUCCAAUAUUUGAUCAGAUUUUAAAUGCAUGAAAGUUUCUGGAGCUUUAAGCCAACCGUAAGGAGGGGGAUACUUGUGACUGUAAGUGAUCAUGCUUUUUGAUUCUCGUUUAUAAAUUUUGAAUUCAAAUUGUUGGAAAUGUUCUUUACAAAAAAUGUGUCCAUUAAAGGGAAGGUGAAGGUACAGAACACAAAGGUACAGAAACUUCUUUAAGAAUUGUAAAAAUUCAAUUUGAGAUUUUCAAUGAACAGAAUGUAACAUUGAAGGAAAAUAAUAUUGAAAUGGUUUCAGUAUUUUGAAAUAUUUUCAUAAUUCAAAAAUCUAUAGCUGAGUGAAAUGGUGAAAAUUGCCCCAAUACCAGUUUUGCACUUUACUAUUAGAUGUCAAAACUGAAGGUUAAAACAUGAUCUUGAAUUUGGGACACCAUUAUCUUACAGUUAUGGUUGUUGUCAUUAAUAUUGUUACUGUUCUUGGCGCCACCAUAAAUUCAUAAAUUUUUGUUAUAUUAAGAAUUAAGAACGUAACGACCAGCCUGACUCAUCAUUCGCAAAUGUAAUUAUACAUGGGACUUAGUAUUAAAUUAAUAAUAGUAUUAAAUGAAAAACUGUCAGAUUUGGGUUGGAGUCCAAGUCUGUGAAGAAUUUUUAAAGGAAGAUGUGUUAAAAAUAAAAAAACAAACAAAAAACAUUCAGAAUUAAUUUAUAACCCAAGUCAGUCCUUGU